UGAAGAGGCAAGAGGCUUCUUGAGUCAGAAAGAAACUCAAAGUAAGCUACCCAGGAAAAAUGAACACCAACGGAAAAGUUAUUAGAUGCAAAGCAGCCAUUGCCUGGGAAGCCAACCAGCCCUUUUGCAUUGAGGAGGUAGAAGUGUCUCCCCCCAGGGCUCAUGAAGUUCGAAUUCAGGUACGCGCCACCGGUGUAUGUCCAACUGACAACCCUAAAAAGGGAGCUCUUUUCCCCACAGUCUUUGGCCACGAGUGUGCAGGAGUUGUAGAAAGUACUGGGCCAGGAGUGACCAACUUCAAACCAGGUGACAAAGUAAUUCCAUUUUUUGCACCUCAAUGUAAAAAGUGCAAGUUUUGUCUCAGCCCUCUCACAAAUCUCUGUGGAAAACUCCGUGAAUUUAAAAAUCCCAAUAUUGAUCAAACACUAAUGGAAGACAAGACCAGCAGAUUUACUUGCAAAGGAAAAGCAAUAUACCAUUACAUGGGCGUUAGUUCCUUCUCUCAGUACACUGUGGUGUCAGAAGCUAAUCUUGCCAAAAUUGAUGACGAUGCAAACUUGGAAAGAGUGUGUCUGAUUGGAUGUGGGUUUUCUUCAGGCUAUGGGGCUGCAAUCAAUGAUGCCAAGGUCACCCCUGGUUCUACUUGUGCUGUCUUUGGGCUGGGAUGUGUAGGUCUCUCUGCUGUGAUGGGCUGUAAAACAGCAGGAGCUUCCAGAAUCAUAGCUAUUGACAUCAACAGUGAAAAGUUUACAAAAGCCAAGGCCCUGGGAGCCACUGACUGCCUUAAUCCCAGAGACCUGGAUAAACCCAUCCAAGAUGUCAUCAGUGAACUGACCAAUGGAGGUGUGGACUUCUCCCUCGACUGUGUGGGAUCAUCUCAAACCAUGAAAGCAGCUCUGGAGUCCACAAUAGUCGGUUGGGGGUCAUGUACUGUGGUUGGAGCAAAAGCUGAUGAGAAAGGACUGAGUGUUUUUCCAGUGGACCUAAUACUGGGCCGUACUAUAAAUGGAACGUUUUUUGGUGGUUGGAAAAGUGUAGAUUCUGUCCCAAACCUGGUUACUGACUACAAGAAUAAGAAAUUUGAUCUGGACAUAUUGGUGACCCAUACUCUCCCUUUUGACAAAAUCAAUGAGGCAUUUGACCUACUGAACCAAGGAAAAAGCAUCCGCACAAUCCUGACCUUUUGAAGAUACCAGGAGCAAAUUGGAAACUUCUGUGAUUGGAUAUGAACCUGCCUGCUUAAUUUAUCACAUGAUAUCAUGAC